ACAUCCGUUUUAGUUAAAAAUCUGUCAUUCCAAUUGCUUACAGUUGCGGUGGAAUUGAAUCCUUCAUAUUUAUUUUUCUCAAUAUUGACAAGUUGUUAUUUCCUCAUUUUCAUCAUUUAUAUAGUACAGUACUGAAUUCUCAUUAUUGUAACUAACCCCAAAUUUUUUAUUUUCGCCUUUAACCGCAUUGUGUCAAAUCCCGCCAUAACUUCCGCUUCGUUGUGAGUGAGUCACAUUGCGUCGCUCUAGUCAAAACAGUUACUCAUCAUUCUCUUGUGAAUUUAGUGAGAAACAAUUGAAUUUAUUGACAUAAUAUAAAUCAUUUGAUAGUCAAAAUAAGAAGAUAAUUCAAAAAAGAGGAGAGUAUUCAUAUUAAAAAGAUAGUUUGGAUAAUAUUUACCAAUAACGUAAGAUGAACGAUGCAUUCUUAAAGGUAUAUGCGUGGAUGAUUCCCGCGCAUUGCAUGUUGGUUGUAAAUAUCUAUGGUUCCUAGGCAGAGCCGCCAUGAUGGCUUUCAGGGAAGCACGCUCAACAAGGAAAGUUUCAAAGUUGUUUUUUAGUAUUUGUGACUGAGUGAGUGCAAACAAAAACAAUGGGAACAAACUAGGAAAGACAAGGAUUCGAUUUGUGCCCGUCUCGGACGGUCCGAGACUCCAAAAAUCCGUUUUAAGCAGUAUUUUAUGUUGGCCUUGUCGAGUAUUCUGUGCUGUCAACAAAUAUGUCGAAGCUCUCGUUUAGGGCGAGAGCCCUGGAUGCUAGCAAACCCAUGCCAAUUUACAUGGCUGAGGAACUCCCGGAUCUUCCUGAUUAUUCAGCAAUCAACCGGGCAGUUCCUCAAAUGCCAUCUGGAAUGGAAAAAGAGGAGGAAUGUGAGCAUCAUCUUCAAAGAGCCAUUUGUGCUGGUCUUAUCAUUCCUACCCCUGAAGUUGCAGACAUACCACAGAAUGAUUACUAUGACAAGGUGUACCCUGCUACGUACAAGCAGCCUCGACAACUUAUUUAUAUGCAACCAUUCACAAUGGAACAUGAUAUACCUGAUUAUGACAUGGACUCAGAUGAUGAAAGGUGGCUACAAUCACAAACCCAACGGCUAGAUCUAACUCCUUUGAAAUUUGAAGAAAUGAUGGACAGAUUAGAGAAGAGUAGUGGUCAAACUGUGGUCACUUUAAAUGAAGCUAAGGCACUAUUAAAGGAAGAUGAUGAUCUCAUAAUUGCAGUAUUCGACUACUGGUUAAAUAAACGGUUGAAAACACAACAUCCUCUCAUUCUAUCUGUUAAAACAGAACAACGAGCUGGUACAGCUGCCAACAAUCCAUAUUUGGCAUUCAGAAGAAGAACAGAAAAAAUGCAGACCAGAAAAAAUAGAAAAAAUGAUGAAGUUUCAUAUGAAAAAAUGCUCAAACUUAAGAGAGAUUUCUGUAGGGCUGUGACACUUCUAGAACUCAUUAAAAGAAGAGAAAAAAUGAAAAGAGAGCAUGUACAUCUUACAGUAGAGAUUUUUGAGAAACGGUAUCAUGCAAGGGACUUCAGUGGGACCGUUUUCAAUGAGAUCUCUUCUAUUAAAACCUCUACAAGGCCCGCUUUCACGCCCAUUUUCCAGAAUCAUUACACUAACCAGUCAUGGACCAGUAAACCUAUUUUGAAAGAUGAGGGAGUACCACGUAAGGAGAAGAGGCAAUAUAAGAAGCGUAAACAUAAAGCAAUCAGUCAUAACAGAACCAAUACUUUGGGUCAAGAUGUAGAAAUGGGUGCUAUUUCAUCCGAUGAAGAACUUGCUGUUCCAACUGCAUCUCCAGAUCCAGAGGAUACAGAAGAUGAAGGACAGUUCACAUUCAAAAGGAAUAAACUCUGCUCUUACCAUAAGCCUCUACCUCAGUUAGGAAAUUGGCCUUGGUGUUCUAAAGAAGAACGUGGCUCUGGAAUUGAGAAAUUCCGAUAUAAUCUUACCUCGAUAACUGACAAAUUGAAUAGACGAAGAUGUAUUGGAUUCGCAAGAAGAAGAGUUGGACGAGGAGGUCGAAUAAUCUUGGAUCGUGCUUCUACCACAACAGAUGAUGAGUUUUGGAGAACCCUUGAUUUUACGAUAUUGGAUAAUAAGCAAUCUUCUGUCUCGAGAACAACUGAUGAAUGUAAUGAAAAAGACACGAUUUCAAGGAGUGAAAGUAGUGAUAAAUCGGAUAACCAUCAUUUACCGACAACUAAUACGAAAUUCUUAGAAGUUGAGGUGAAGAAUGAAAGUGGUGAUAGUGUACGAACAAGUAGUGGUAUUAGUGAGAUAAGGACGGACGUGAAAGUUGAACUUAUGGAUUAUACUGAAAAUAAUGUACAGCAGUUUAAUACUCCAUUAACAACUGGACCUCCUGCUUAUACAAAAGAUGAAGAGCAACAAAUGCUGGAGUUCCUUCAAACUAUUAGGACAGAGUGGUUACACUUCCGGCCGAAAACACCUCCGCCCGAUCAAGAGCCUGUUUGUAACCUUCAACCGUUGGAAGAAUCCUACUGGAAAAUUGGUUCUACUUCACCUUUCUCUUUGGAGAUCCAAACGUUGGAUGCACCUAGCAGCCUACUGGACACUUCGGCUUUCGUUUCUGAUCAAUUUAAUUUUGAUAAUUUAGACUUAGAUAUUCCAAUUACCGAUACUCGGCAAUCAAGUGAUAAGAUUGUGCAAACAGGCAUUAACUUGAAUGUUAAUGUUGGUAUUAAUACGCUUACCCCUAGUGUAAAGAAUGAAAAUUCUUCGUCUAACGUCAACCAUGUUGAUAGUAAAAGUGAUGCAACGAACAUUGAUUUAGAUUGUAGCAGCAACAAUGAUAGGACUAUAGGUUGCUCUAAGUUUUAUGUGUCAGAUUUGAGCGCAAGUUGCUGUUUUCCUUCGUCCAGGUCAACAUUCAGUACGUGUACCUUUGCUAGUCCUAAGUUCAAUAGUAUUAACCAAGUAUCAGAUGGACCUUUGAGGCCAAAUGCAGACACUGCACCAAGUAGUACUAAUGGAAUUCUACCCCAGUAUGGUUAUGAUAAGUCCACUGGUAGGAUGAAAAAUAAUAAAUUGUCUUACGCUUAUACAAGCGGUAUGGAGUUUGCUAAUACUACCCCUGGUAUCAGUCUUCACACAUCCGCUCACACUGUUACGCUUAAUAGUCAUAGUGCCAACAUUCUCGAAAUUCCUGUAUCAAAUAACACAGAUUCCAUUUCAACUGAUUUAGUAAAUUCUCAAUGUACAGACACAAGUGGGACGACAUCAAAUAACAAAAAUAAAACCAUAGUAAGGAAGAAUAACUUGGCAAUGGAGGUGACGUGAUGGUCGUCAAUGGGCCUGUAAUUUUGUUCUAAAAUUGCAGGAUGGUUGUUUUGCAUGGGUUAACUGUAAUGUGCUUCAGGUUAUGUAUACCUGUCAAAUCGUUUUCAUAGGGAAGAGUUGGAUAAUAUUACCGAUGGUCAAGAAUAGAUGAUUCCAUUAGGUAACAUUACGAGAAUAUUUAUUUCUAUAUAUUGUGCUUCACCAAAUUGUAUUUAUAUGAUUUUAUAUUUAAUAUAUACAGUUCAUUAUAAGCUCCUGGUCACAAAAUUUUAUUUCUUGAUUUACAGGAUUCAUUCAAAGAAUUUUAUAAAUGUAUAGAUUCUGCUUAAUUACCCAUUUCAAUGGCAUCAGUGGACUAAUUUCUUGCAUGUCUCUUCAUCUGUUCAUAGAUUUACUUAAACCAUAUCUGUUUCAGUAUUUGAAGAGUAUAAAGUGUUUUCACUUUUACAUGAACUUGUAUACUCUUAGUACAUAUAAUUCUUUUUCAAUGUAAACAAAAUUUCGGUCUUAUUUUUUCUGUCCAGAGGAGUAUAAAAAAUUUGAAUGCAUUUUACAAUAAUUCAAAAUUUAUAUUCCAAAAAGUUUUCAGGAAAUGCAUUGUUUUGAAUCUGGAUAUCUAUGAAAACACUUGUAUGGUUUAAAGGAAAUAAACAGUAUUCUAACUUUAAUGGUCCUAGUUUUGAACCAGUGAAAUAUGUAAUGCCGUAAUUUGUUAUCAACUUAUUUUCAUUGCAGAGCAUGUAUAUAAUUUGGGGGAAAGCGUUAAGUCCUAGUUUUUGGUUGUUACAAUCAUAAUAAUUGUCUGAAUAUUUAUGUUGACGAGUUACAUUUCUGGGUCUUAUACAUGUAAAUUUGAACUAGUUCAUCAAAUUUCAAAAAACAAAAUUACAUAAGAUCAUUCAAGUGACUUCAAUUAAAUUCUACAUGAUUGAAAUAAUCCUAUGAUUUUAUGAUGAUUUCAAAAGCGAAAUUACACUCAUUUUGAAUAAAUAUUUUUUUGGAAAUAAGAUCUCCGUGAUGGAACUGCAUAUGUGAAUUGAUAAAAGAAGAAUAUUCUUUUUAUCCAAAAAAAUAAUGAAAAUUGCUUCCUUCUUCAAAAAAAUCAUUUAAUACAUUAUCGAGUAUCAGUUUCAGUUACUAAUAAUUAUUGAAGAACAAGUUGGUGCAAAUUAUGAAUCUAAACUAUGGAAAAGCAAAAUUAGAAAUUUGAACGAAUGAAGAAAGCUUGGUCAACCAAUAGUAACCACUUAUACACUCUCGUUGUGUUCAGUUACGUGAUUGUAAAAUAACUUGGCUUUCAGCUUUACAUAAUUAAUUGAUGUAAAGUGUUUGAAAUACCUGAUGCUAAAUAAACAUACUUCUAAUAUUAGGAGUUGUAAUUUAUUUUUUGUAUAUUCAACAUUAUAUAAUUAUAUUUAGGUUAUAAUUUAGUCUUAAGAAUUCAUGAGGCUGUUAAUAUAUUAUUAGUAACUUAUUUACAUUUUGUAAUUGAAACGUUUUGUGAAAUGUACUUACCUAAGAAAAAUGUGUAAAAAUCAAAUUUGUAUAUUGGAAAAUUUUACUUUUAAUCACGAAUAUUGUUAUUUUUGAAAAGUCAAAAAAAUAUUCUGAAAUAAAUCCUUUUUUAUUAUUAUUCCUAAAUUUUGUUUAUUUGGUCUCGUGAAAUUUCUUACUGUAUAAAAUUGUUGUUGGCACUUUGCAUCCAAUAUUGUUGAUAUUUUUUUUGUGUAUAUUUAUUUCUUGAUGAAAAUCUUUUACCACGUGUUGACAGAUCACCAGUAGACAAUUUCAUUUGGAAUUUUUCAAUCCGAUAUGAUAAUGUAUGUUUUAUAAACAUUAAAAAACAAGGCUGUUGAAAUAAAUAUUGGUAUAGUUA